CCUCCAAGGCUCCAACUGUCAUAACUGCACACACCCUUUACCUCAGCCCCUCCCUCUCUCUCUUCAUCUUCUCCUCACUCCCUUCCUCCCUCUCUCUCUUCAUCUUCUCCUCUCUCCCUUCCUCCCUCUCUCUCCCUCUCUCUCUACUUUUAUUCUCUUUGAAUUUCUUCACGUCGCUGUAGACUUUUCUUGGGUUGGGUUUUGGUUUUAGGAGCAGAUGUCGGCGGUGUCAGAAGGUCCGCUCCCUUACAACGUCCCGCAGGAGGAGAACUCUCCGGAUAAUGCUGUCAUCUUCUUUGGAGUCUCUCUGGUGCUGGGGAUUGCGUCGCGGCAUCUCCUCAGCGGCACCAGAGUGCCUUACACGGUCGCCUUGCUUAUCCUCGGCAUCGCUCUUGGAUCUCUCGAAUAUGGCACAAGUCAUGGUUUGGGAAAAUUGGGAGCUGGCAUCCGACUUUGGGCAAAUAUUAAUCCUGUCCUUCUAUUGUCUGUUUUUCUUCCUGCACUUCUUUUCGAGAGCUCUUUUGCCAUGGAAGUGCACCAAAUAAAGAGGUGUAUGGUACAGAUGCUGCUACUUGCAGGUCCUGGAGUUCUAAUAUCGACCUUCUGCCUAGGAAUAGCUGUGAAGGUCGCUUUUCCAUAUAACUGGAACUGGAAGACAUCAUUAUUGCUUGGAGGGCUUCUCAGUGCUACUGACCCAGUUGCUGUUGUGGCUUUGUUGAAAGAGCUUGGUGCAAGCAAGAAAUUGAGUACAAUAAUUGAAGGAGAAUCCCUGAUGAAUGAUGGGACAGCUAUUGUGGUAUAUCAGCUGUUCUACAAGAUGGUACUUGGCCAGAGUUUUAACAUGGGCUCCAUAAUCAAAUUUCUAUCAAAAGUGUCACUUGGAGCUGUAGCGGUUGGCCUUGCUUUUGGAAUAGCAUCUGUUUUGUGGCUGGGGUUUAUUUUCAACGACACAGUGAUCGAGAUUGCAUUGACACUUGCCGUGAGCUACAUUGCUUACUUCACUGCUCAAGACGGGGCUGAUGUUUCAGGUGUCUUGACAGUAAUGACUCUAGGGAUGUUUUAUGCAGCAGUCGCUAAAACAGCUUUCAAGGGUGACAGCCAAUCAAGUUUGCAUCAUUUCUGGGAAAUGGUUUCCUACAUCGCUAAUACACUAAUUUUCAUCUUAAGUGGAGUUGUUAUAGCUGAAGGCAUUUUGGACAAUGAUCAUCAUUUUGAAAAGAAAGGAACUUCUUGGGGCUACCUCAUUCUCCUCUACAUUUUAGUUCAAGCGUCUCGCAUCAUAGUUGUUGGAAUAUUGUAUCCCUCUCUACGCUAUUUUGGCUAUGGUUUGGAUUGGAAAGAAGCCAUUAUUCUUGUGUGGUCAGGUUUGCGAGGGGCUGUGGCGCUAUCACUCUCACUCUCUGUAAAACGUGCUAGUGACAAUUCUUACUCAUCUCAUCUAAAAGAAGAAACAGGAAUUUUGUUUGUUUUCUUCACUGGUGGGAUCGUAUUUCUGACCCUUGUUAUAAAUGGAUCAACUACACAGUUUAUCCUGCAUCUUUUGGGUAUGGAUAAGCUAUCAGCGGCAAAGAUGCGCAUAUUGGACUACACAAGGUAUGAAAUGUUGGACAAGGCAUUGGAGGCUUUUGGUGAUCUUGGAGAUGAUGAAGAACUAGGACCUACAGACUGGCCUACUGUGAAAAGAUACAUCUCAUGCUUAAAUAACUUGGAAGGAGGUCAGGUGCAUCCUCAUAGGGUAUCAAAUAGUGAAACCUAUCUCCACAGUAUGAAUUUAAGAGAUAUGCGAGUACGCCUUUUAAAUGGUGUUCAAGCUGCGUAUUGGGGAAUGCUUGAUGAGGGAAGGAUAACCCAAACUACAGCAAUCCUUUUGAUGCAGUCAGUUGAUGAGGCAAUUGAUUUGGUAUCUGAUGAGACCUUAUGCGACUGGAAAGGUUUAAAAGCCCAUGUUCGUUUUCCAAGUUACUAUAGGUUUCUCCAGACGAACUUUUGUCCACAAAAGCUGGUCACGUAUUUUACGGUGGGAAGGUUGGAGUCAGCAUGUUACAUAUGUGCUGCAUUUCUGCGUGCUCAUAGAAUCGCAAGGAGGCAACUGCAUGAAUUUAUCGGUGAAAGUGAAACUGCUUCCAUUGUCAUUAAUGAAAGUGAUUCUGAGGGAGAGGAAGCGAGAAAUUUUUUGGAAGAUGUCCGUGUUACAUCCCCUCAGGUUCUGCGUGUUGUCAAAACUAGGCAGGCAACAUAUUCAAUACUAAAGCAUUUGAGUGAAUAUGUGCAAAAUCUUGAGAAGGCUGGAUUAUUGGAACAAAAGGAGAUGUUGCAGCUCCAUGAGAGAGUGCAGACCGACCUCAAAAAGCUUCUAAGAAAUCCGCCUUUAGUGAAGAUGCCAAAAUUAAGCGAUAUCUUCAGCACUCAUCCUUUACUAGGAGCGCUGCCUUCUAUGGUUCGUGAACCUCUCGAAGCUUCUACAAAAGAAAUAAUGAAAACGCGAGGAGUAACACUGUAUAGGGAGGCUAUGAAGGCAACUGGAAUAUGGCUUGUUUCUAACGGAGUGGUUAAGUGGUCAAGUAAGAGUUUGAAAAAUAGGCAUUCAUUGCAUCCAACAUUUUCACAUGGGAGUACACUUGGCCUGUAUGAAGUUCUAAUUGGAAAGCCUUACAUCUGUGACAUGAUCACAGAUUCUGUGGUACACUGUUUCUUCAUUGAAGCUGAAAAGAUACUUUCAGUACUAAGAUCAGACUCUGCAAUUGAAGAGUUUCUGUGGCAGGAAAGUGCUAUAAUCAUAGCAAAACUCUUGCUUCCCCAAACAUUUGAGAAAAUGGUAAUGCAAGAAUUGAGAGCUCUUGUUGUUGAAAGGUCAACAAUGAAGAUAUACAUAAGGGGAGAGAUUAUAGAAAUACGACCACAUGUUGUUGGCUUUAUAUUAGAAGGUUUUGUGAAGACCCAAGACUCCCAAGAGAACUUGAUUACGUCUCCAGCUGCACUGCUGCCUUCUCAUGUGGAUCUAGAGCUUCCUAGUCUGGAAACUUCAGGUGCCAAAACGGGGAGUUUUUGUCAUGAAGGAACCUGUUAUCAUGUUGAAACAAGAGCCAGGGUAAUCUUUUUUGAUAUGGGACCCUUCAAUGCCAGUAGCGUUCUGCAAAGGAAGCCCUCUUCAUGGAUCUCACACUCUGUUGAUCUCCCUAAAUCCCAAAGCAGAGAGCAUGGAGGUUUAAUGAGUUGGCCGGAACACUUCUACAAACAUCCUCGGCACCCUGAUCAAAAUCAUAAGCAAGCAAAGAGUUUGUCCGAACGGGCCAUGAAACUGAGCAUCUUUGGAAGCAUGGUGAGGAUCCCCCAUAGGCAUAAUCAAAGCUUUCCAAGGUAUUCUCAUGCAAAACCAUACCACAGCCUGUCAUACCCAAGGAUUUCAUCAACAACGACAUACAUACAUCCGCUCGUAUCAUUCCAGUCUGCAGGAGCUACUAUGAACAAUAGCCUAAGACCGAGAGAGUUCCCCGAACCGAAGCCCAUUCCCCCAUCACGAAGUAGCAGGAAAGAGGGCUGUAUCAGAGACGACUCAAGUGAUGAAUCAAGUCCUGAGGACGAGCUUAUCGUGAGCAUUGAUUCCCCAAGCAGGCUUUCUUUUCGGCAGCCUUCUGGGCAUUUGCUUCACAUGCAUCCCGAAGGAUCAUAAACUCUCUUGCCAGCAGUCGUACAAUAUUGAAUAAGGUGUUUGUUGUGCAGCAUGUUUCCUUUUGUGUAUUAAAGAAGUAAAGACUCCAAAUGUUGUUUUUCCCUUGGAAAGGGUCUGAUUAACAUCAGCAAUGUGAUGGGAUUGUAAUACCACCCCCUGCAUUCUCCAAUGUAUAAAAAUAGCAGCAGGCUGCUUUCAUCACGGUGGGCCAUUGACCCCGAAAAUGUGAGAUGCACCUUUCACCAUCUGGCGGUAUCCUUACUGCAAUUUCUUUUCCUUUGAAUUACCA